AAUAAGUAGCGCUGCAUUACAUAAUCUCGCAUCGAUGGUGUAAUCCUUCGCUUCAGCCUCUUGUUACAGCUUUACUGCAGUACUUUAUACAUGAUUAAUGGGUCCAUACAGGAUCUACAUCAGUGUGGGUUAUGCCACGUUCGGCAUGUUGGUGGGAUUUUCGGCGUUUAUCGUGUGGAAUGUGGUUUAUAAACAGCCAUGGACGGCGGCGAUGGGCGGAUUAUCAGGAGUUCUGGCACUCUGGGCACUGGUCACCCACAUUAUGUACAUUCAGGACUACUGGCGCACAUGGCUGAAGGGACUCAAGUUCUUCAUGUUUGUUAGUUCCGUCUUCUCCCUCCUGGCUGUUGCUGCUUUUGCCACAUUCAUAGCUUUGGCUAUUAUAGAAAAGCAAUCAAUAACUGACCCCAAGAGCUUCUAUCUGUCAGCUGUGUGGAGCUUCAUGACUCUUAAAUGGGCCUUUUUGCUGGGCAUGUACUCCUACCGUUACCAUCAGGAGUUUGCUGACAUCAGCAUCCUCAGUGACUUUUGAUUGGCUCCUUCAUCUCUAAUAGAUUUGUAGUUGCCACUCGGUGGCUUCACCUGCCAAUGUGGAGAUGGAUGGAUGGAUCUCCUUUUUAAUACCGUCUUACAGCCUCCUUGCUUUCACAGAAAAGACUCAAAUCUCAGCCCCUCCUUCCCUCAGAUCCCUGGAGUAAGAAGUCAGUGAACGUCUGUGAUCUGCCUCUUUCCUGUCAUUUUGAGUUAAUAGAGGGUUUUAUAUUGAUAUUGGAUAAAGGUAUGUCAAGUGUUUUCGAUAGCAGUUGAUACACUAGGAUUUGGUCACAGGUAGAUGUUACUUUACUCAGGGCAGUGUCGCGCUCAAAUGUCAUAUGUGAAAUGAAGGCUUUCCUUCACUGUCAGAAAAAAAAGCACAAAAAUUGUACAUUUAGGGGUGCAACAGUUUGUCACUGGGCCAGUAGACCUUCUCUACCCCUUUAUAAGGGUGCAUAUUAGUACCUGAGAGUGAUUAUAUGGAUUUCUAGGGUACCUCUAUAAACCCUUUUGGGUGAAUAUGGUCCAGAAGUCUCAUUUUUAAGGGACUGCUGUAGUGACAAGGUACAAUUUUUGCACAUUUUAUUUUCUCUGAGUGUUGAAUGAGUGUAUAAUGAAGGAUUUUCACAGCUGUAUCAAGGGUUUUCAGCCAGCAUUGGUGGAAUUGUCUUCGAUUUAAUAUUACUAUUGUUUUCAGACAUAGAUAGUGUUCUUUAUUUUUUGCCAUAUGUUAUUUCUUUUUAAAUGUUGUUUAUACUGAGUUAUAUUUAUGAUCGACUGUGUCCGGAACUGCAUACUACCAUACUAGAAUUUCUGCAGUAUGUACACUAGCAUUUAAAAGUUAAGGUAUUUUUUUUUUAUGUUUAUGAAAGAAGUAUCUUAUGCUAA